GUUGUACGGGCGUUCUGACCGUAGAGUUCAUGAUUUGCUGGGAGUAAAUUUCAAGUAAAAAAUCAUUUUCUUGAGACUCACGACUAGUCAGAUGGCAAUGUGAUCGUUUGUAUUUUACAUCACGAUAUAAACAAAAUGACGGUAUUUAACCUCUACAUCUUUGACCGUAACGGUGUGUGUUUGUUCUACCAGGAAUGGAAUCGGCAUAAACACUCUGGGCUAUCUCAGGAAGAGGAGUUUAAGUUGAUGUAUGGAAUGAUAUUCUCCAUCAAGUCAUUUGUCAGUCGCAUGGCACCGGUGGAUUUCAAGGAUGGGUUUACAAGUUUCUGUACCAGCGCAUACAAACUACACUUCCAUGAGACAGCAAGUGGUCUGAAGUUUGUAAUGAAUACAAGCCUUAAUGUGAUAUCAAUUAAAGAUGAACUUCAAUAUAUCUACAGUGCACUGUUUGUUGAACAUGUUGUGAGGAAUCCUCUAAGCAAACUUGGCCAACCAAUCGACAGUCAUAUCUUCAAGACCAAACUAGACAGCUACAUCAGAGGUCUACCGUUCUUUAUAAGAUCAACAUGAAAUCUUUUUGCAAAAACCCGGGAUACAUAAACAAUUAGCAGAAAGGGGUAGAAAGGAGACUAGGUAGGUGAGGCAGAUACAAUUAUUAUUUCUUGUUUUUAUAAACAUUUUACUGAUUGACUCUAAGACGUUUUAUUCACAGCCUCACUCUGCCAGCUGUCAAAUGAAACUGGUUUUAAGAAUUAUCUAUAAACAAAAAGUAAACUUGUUUUUUUCAUUCUGUCCAUUUCCAUACAGUACAUAAUACAGAUAUUGAUAAUAAAAUGAUAACAUUUGUUUAACAUUUCAUAGAAAUCAAAUUAUCCUUGUUCUAACAGGCAUGAUAUUCUUCCUACUUCAGUUUGAUUUCUGAUUUUCUUAGCCUUUGUUAAAAUUCAGAAAAAUUAUGAUUACAAAGUCUGAAAUGUCUAUUUAAAGCCUAAACCAUGAGUAUAAUAUGUAGGCUAGCCCUGGUACUCAACAACAUUUUCUUAUUUUGUUCCCAAAGAAGAAGUAUCAUGCCUGGUUCUAACCCCAUUUAAUUCUAAAUAGCGCCCUCUAGUUGUGAAGCAUGAUGUUUAUUCAUAUACUUUGCCUUUCUCAUAAGGCACAUUGAACUUGCUGUUUACAAAGCCGCUUGUGUAUCUAGUUUACUAGUCCUGAGUUACCCAUAAGUCCCAUAUUUAGUCAUUCAUAAUGUGGAGAAUUAAAUUGUGAGAUAUGGCCGUA